UACCAGUGAAACCAAAUCGGUGAUGGAAACUCCAACGGACGAGGAGGCCCAGACAUGUACUUGGCUGCCCUCAUUGUUUUAUGUUCCGCACGCCUAUGACUUCUGCGUGCGGCCCAUCUGUAGGUCCGCAGCCUCCCUUCGCCGCCCCCACGUGCCCUCCCCCUCCCCUCCGCGUCACCGCGUCGCGUCGCGUCGCCCUCCCGCGCGCGCGCGUGUAUCGAUCGCCCGCAGCGCGCCUGGCGGCGGGUCGGCGCACCAGGCGGCGUGGCUGCGGCGGCGGCGGGCGGGCGGCGCGGCUUGGCGCAGGCCCCCGUGCGAGUGCAGCGGCGGCGACGAGCGCGGACGGAGACGAGCGGAGCGGAGCGGUGCCGGAGCGGGAGCCGGCGCGGUGCGAGUGGGCGAGUGGGCGGUGUGUCCGGCGGCGGCAGCGGGCGGGCGCUCGGCCCGGCAGCCCAGCGCGACGCGCGGUUUCCGCGGAGGAGGAGGAGGGAGAGGAGGCGGAGGGGCCCGCCGGCGCUCGGUGCUGUGGAGGGCGGAUUGCGGGGGCGGAGCGGCGGCGGCGGCGAGCGGAGAUGACAGCGCGCCCAGCACGCCGGUGACAGCGCGGCCGGGACUCGCCGGGGGCGCACAGCGAGGGGCAGGUAGCGGUCGUCGGCCGCGGAUGUCCUCUGCUCGCCCACCGCAGGGCCGCUACUUCCGGCGCGGCGGCAGCUUUGGCGGCGGGGGCGGCGGCAUCGCCAGCAGCACCUCCUCCUCGGCGAGCGCGAGCGGCGCCAAGGCGGCCAUGAACGCGGGAGGCGGCGGGGGCGGCCCCGCUUCGCUGCCGGCGGAGGCGGCGCGACCCAAGACGGCCCCGGCGACGGGCUCGGCCUCCGCCCCGGCCCCGGCCGCGGCGCCCGGCCCCGUGCCCGAGACGGAGCAGGAGUACGUCGAGUACUUCCAGGACAGGAUCACCUCCUCGCAGUACAGGCAGCUCUUCCCGCUGCAGGAGGACCUGGCCGACUGGAUCAACAAGACGCUGGCCAGUACCUAAUAUCCAAGGGCGGUGCUGGGAGAGGGCAGCUCGGCGCAGUUUCUUUUCCCGAGACAACAUGGAGAACUUCAUCACUUUCUGUCGGCGACUUGGCAUACAUCCCAAUCUUUUGUUCGAGAGUGAUGAUUUAGUGCUGCAUCAUAACCCACGAUCAGUCAUUUUGUGCUUGCUGGAAGUUGCUCGUCUGGCUCAACGCUUCGGUCUAGAACCACCAGGACUGGUACAACUUGAAAAGGAAAUUGAUGAAGAAGAGGAACAAGACAGCAAACAUACAUUACUUUCAUGGCAGUUCCACCGUACUCCUUCAGAGAAGAUGCGUCAUAGCAGUUCCUCAUCAGCUAUCUCAGGCGGUAGCAUGACUAGAUGGGGCCGAUCAUCUUUCGGCAGGAACCGCAGCAGUGAGCGCCGAAGUUUGAUGCUGCUAGAAUCAAGUGGGAGCCCCACAGCUACAGACGGCCUCUCACCUGCAAGGGACCUCCGAAGAGCUGUGAGCGAGGGAAACACGGGUCCUGGCGGUGCUACGAGUGGAGGUGCUAGUGACGGAGUACCGAGUGAUACAACAGAAGAUGAUUGGUCUCGUGGCAGUGGGGAAGAUCCGGACUUGGAGUUGGAACAUGACACUUCCAUCAGCCACAGUGUUCCAGACAUCACUGAAUUGGACAGAAAAGUACAACAAGCGACCAGGGUGGCCCAGAGGCAGUGUCACUGUCCAUCCACAAAAUGUUCUCGUCUAAAAGUGAAGAAAGUUGGAGAAGGCAGAUAUAAUAUAGCUGGGAGAAAUGUUUUCAUCCGACUUCUGAAAGGACGUCACAUGAUGGUACGUGUUGGAGGAGGAUGGGAUACUCUUGAGCAUUUCCUAAUGCGCCAUGAUCCCUGUCAAAUCAAGGUUGUAAGUCGUGACUCACCAAUAAAUAGGUCUUAUCUGCACAUUCAAGCAAAGUAUCGCAGUCCACCACCAUCAGAAGCCAUAGGUCGUUAGUUUGCACUGCAGCAUGGUGCAUCCCAUAUAAAGUAGCAGUGCACAGAUCAAGAGGUGUAAUGACAUUGUUUUUUGCAGUCGUAAAUGUGGCUGUUUCCGAAUGUUUGUUGAAAUAUGCUAUGUAGCAAAAUACCACUGAAAACGUGAACAGCGUCACAUCAUCUAAUGAAUUCAGAGACAAUUUUGAAAUGUCAUGUAGUUUUACUGUGGAUGAAGUGCAUGUGUGGUACCAAAAAGUGUUUUUAAACUUUUUAUAACCAAGAACUCUGCAUAUAAGUAGAUUAAUGAUCUUUCCAUUUCCUCAUGCCCAUACCCUUGACGUACAUUAACUAUCCUUAACACUCAACAAUGAAAGAGAGAGUAAACAUUUAUUUUACUCACAGUUCUCAAACAUCAGAAAUGUUUAUAAUAAGUGUGUAAGUAUUUGUGUCAUGGACUUCACUUGAAAUUUUCACAAACUGACUUAAGAUUCUGAAGUGAAAAUGAUGUUACCAAUGCCAUUUGUCUCCAAGUACAUUUGUUCUUGCUUUUGAACUUCAUGUCUGUGUGCACAAUAUUCACACAUUACAAUUGUUAUCAUUUGUGAGCAAUAAAAGAUAGUAGACAAUUUUUGCCACAAUAAUUAAAUUAGCAGAUUCUACCAACAAAGGUGAUGCAGAUCUUUGCACUUCAACAAAUAACAACAGAUUGUACAUGGAGCCAAUAGCAUAAAUGCUUGUAGUGCAUUACUUACAUACAAAACACAAGUAAUAGUUCUAAAACAAAUAAAGCUAAAGCAACAGUACAUGCAGAAAGCAUCUUGCUAAACCAAAUAAAUUUAAAAGUUUGUUUAUAGAUUAUAGAUAAAAUCAAAGUAUAUAAAGGAAACUAAAUGCACAGUAAUGUUAAACUCACUUCUGCUAAUCAUUCACACAAAAUGCUUUUUGCCAUUGACUCACAUUGUUAUGACAAUUUCUCACUAGUUUGAGCUCUGAAGGUUGAAAAUGUAGAUUUUUUAAGACUACUACAUACAUUUUAUAUUGUUUAUUAAGAAUAAUUAUGUGUUUGUAACUUUGAUUUCAUAGACAUGUUAAAGAAAAACACUAGCUUAAUUCUGAAUAGUAAGAUUUAUAAAAAAUGUUUACUUACAAUAGUUGUGCUUAUACCUUAUAUAACCAAGUUGCAAAAUUUGCAGGCCACCCCAGCUCAAUCUUAAAUUUAAUGUAUGAGCUUUCUGUUUACAGGCUCCUACAAAAAUUAGAGUGAAAAGUGCAAUGAAGAAAUCAAGUUCAUAAAGUUGCCUAGUCACAAGUGAAAAAGAAAGAAAUCAAGAACCACAUUAAAAAUAGCUUUUCAAAUUAUCACUUUGUUAAACCUCUUAGUUUUUUAAAAAGUAAAAAUACUCCUUAUUCUGUUACAAGUACAAUGUUAUAGUAUAUAAGAUUUUUGUAAUAUGUUUUAUUUGAUUCUCUAGUAAGUUUGUGCAGUAAAUCAUUUUCAAGAUGAAUAAAAUUUUGAUUCAAAA